CUUUCCUUCCUUCUCAGUAAAACAUACAUAGCACAAUGGAAAGAAAACUAGCUUCUCUCCUUCUAUGGACUCUAAUUCUUGGGUUGGUUUCUCAAAACAUAGCUAUCCCUUUGACGUCUGCAGGCAACGAAGAUCAGAAAACUUAUUACACUCCAGACCCACAUGCAGGAAGCCCGCCCACAGAUUCACAUGGGAAUCCACCUUAUGGAUCUCCACCACCUCAUGGUUCGGGAGGAAGCCAUGGAGGAAAACCACCCUCUCAUGGGCAUGGUGGUAAGAAACACAAGCCAAAACCAGGGAACUGCGGCAACCCACCAUACACUCCUACUCCGUCAAAACCUCCUACACACGAUCCAACCCCAUCAACUCCAUCGAAGCCUCCUUCCGGUGGUGGUGGACAUCACAACCCACCCACUGGGGGUGGUGGAUACAACAGCCCUCCAUCUCAUGAUCCCACUCCAACUCCAUCUACUCCAACGCCAUCAACUCCUUCAGGAGGUGGAUACUACAGCCCUCCAUCUAACGAUCCCACUCCAACUCCAUCUACUCCAACGCCAUCAACUCCAUCUACUCCUUCAGGUGGUGGAUACUACAGCCCUCCAUCUCAUGAUCCCACUCCAACUCCAUCUACUCCAACGCCAUCAACUCCAUCUACUCCUUCAGGUGGUGGAUACUACAGCCCUCCAUCUCAUGAUCCCACUCCAACUCCAUCUACUCCAACGCCAUCAACUCCAUCUACUCCUUCAGGUGGUGGAUACUACAGCCCUCCAACUAAUGAUCCCACUCCAACUCCAUCAACUCCGACACCAUCAACUCCCUCUACCCCAUCGGGUGGUGGAUACUACAGCCCUCCAACAUAUGAUCCCACUCCAACGUCACCAUCGACUCCAUCGACUCCUUCCGGUGGUGGUGGAUACUCUAGCCCUCCAACUUAUGAUCCUACUCCAACCCCAUCAACUCCUUCCGGUGGUGGUGGAUACUCUAGCCCUCCAACUUAUGAUCCUACUCCAACCCCAUCAACUCCUUCAGGUGGAGGUGGAUAUUAUAGCCCACCAACUUAUGAUCCUACUCCAUCAACUCCUCCAUCAGGCGGUGGUGGAUACAAUAGCCCUCCAACUUUUGAUCCAACACCAUCAACUCCUCCUUCAGGUGGUACACCAUUCUAUGGGACCCCACCAACCACAUCAGCCCCACCUUUUGUUCCUGAUCCCAAUUCUCCCUUCACUGGCACAUGCAACUAUUGGAGGACGCAUCCAGGAAUAAUAUGGGGUUUGUUAGGCUGGUGGGGAACAAUGGGCAGUGCUUUUGGUAUAACAAACGCUCCAGGCUUCGGAGCUACUCUCAGCUUACCACAAGCACUCUCAAACACACGAACUGAUGGCCUAGGAUCACUUUACCGAGAAGGAGCUGCGGCUUUCCUGAACUCCAUGGUCAACAACAGGUACCCCUUCACAACCAAUCAAGUCCGUGAAAGUUUUGUAUCGGCAUUAAGCUCAAACAAAGCAGCAGCAGCACAGGCCCAGGUUUUCCAGAUGGCUAACGAGGGUAGAUUCAAGCCUAGAACCUGAAGCAGAAUAAAUUUACCAUACUUGUGAGUGCAUUAUGUUUAGGGUAGCAAGCCCCACAGUUUGUUUAUGUUGUCAAGUAUAUUACAUUUCCUUCGUGUGCCCCUUAUUUUAUUCACUAGUGCUACACUGCGAUGGAUAUCAUAUGUUACAUUUCGAUGCUUUGCUCGAGCGUUAGUUUUUUUUUUAAGAAAUCACUGUUGAUCGAUCAA